ACAGCAUCUACUUUAAAAUAGGUAAUUACAGAACCAAACUGCGCAAGAUGGGUCGACUUGAUGUCAGUGUCAAUGGUGGAAAACGUGGAAGACAUACCCCAGAUGGUGACCAUCCCAGCAAAGACCUCAAGAGGCCAAAAAAAGGGGAACUGAAUUUCCUUCCUGAUUACCCAGAAGGCAUGGCAGGCCAUAACCUGGAAGGAGCUCGCCAGUUGCUGGUCCAGGAGAUGAUGAAAGCAAAACCGGAUGCAUUGCUUGUGAAGAAGGAGAUGGAUGUGACCUUUGCUCUUCGCAGACAGGAGGUGGUCAACGAAAAACCUGCCAUUAACCUGAUGUUACAGAGAUGGCCAGCUCUUUUCACAGAAAGUCAGGUGUACCAAGAGUUUGGCAGAGUGGUGGGGACAAAUCUCAGAGAAAGCUUCUUUGGUUCGCUGGACAGCUAUUCUGCAAGCCUGGUCGAGCUCUUCAGGAAGAAGAAAGGCCUCACUGGUCAGCUUUUGGCUGCGCUUUUACACCAAACAAAGUCCUCUGAGCCAACAGACAUCCGAUGCCUAUGUCUUCGGGGACUGCCCAUCAUCUUGGGGGAUGAUCCUUCGGAGUUCUUCAAGACUUCCUGCGAUGCAGCUGACACAGCAUACAGUCAGAUUCCAGUGGGAAUCCUCAUUCAGGAUGAAACCUCACCGCUGAACCCAUCUAGAGUAGGAAUUAUCCUAGAAGGGAAUGUGGCGAUGGAUGGGCUGCCCAACCUCCCUCAGGCAUUCUGUGUCCUUUUCGGACUGAUUUAUGCCUUGCAUCUGGACUAUCCCAAGUGCAUGAAGCACACUUUUAAUUUUGUGCAGCAGGUGAUGUUGAAAUUAGGUAAGAGUCAACUGUCACCCAAAAUCCAAACUCUGAAAAACCAGCUGGCGGAGUAAAAAAGGGUGUUACCUAGGUAGGUUCUAUGCAUAUCUCAAUGAUAUAGUAUCGAUAUCCUCAU